AUGAAAUUCCUCGCGCUCCUCCCAUUUCUUCUCACCCUUGGCGCGGCUGAAGACGUCGCCGACGUCGCCGCCGCGGGCGAUGUUACCAUCUUCGAUGCCAAAGACUAUCGCGGGCAGAAUCGCGCAAUUCCUGUCAAUGGUAUAUGUCAGGACCUGUCACCUCCUUUCUCAACCGCAGGCCGAGGCAUUAGGUCCAUCAGGUUCGACGCACCCCAAGGCGAAAAUUGCGAAGUGUACCUCUCGUACCAAUGUCGGGGCAACUAUGCAGAGGUAGUCUUCGAGAGUCGCGCGAGCACGUACAUCCAGGCCUACUCCAUCCGAUGCUCCAAGAACUGA